AUGCUCGCGUCGGAGUCUCGAGAUGAUCUUCAGAAACAAGUGCAGUCUUGGAGGGAUCGGCUGCAGCAAUAUGGAUUACGCCUCAACAUAUCAAAAACUGAGUACAUGGAGUGUGGACCAAGGAUAGAGGAUGGUUCAAUUCGUGUUGAUGGCACCGAAUUAAACAAGAUUUUCCAAAUAAUGUUUACUACGAUGCAAUCGACGUUGCCAAUACUUUUGAUGUCGCUGAUAGUCGUCUGUGCUCGACCUCAGUACGGUCCGUAUGGUGGUGGCCCAUUUGGACCCGGUGGUGGACCGGGAGGACGAGGUGGACCGUUCGGGAGACCGGGAGGUCCCGGUCGAGGCGCAUUUGGUGGCGGUUUCGGACAACCACCACCUCCACCACCACCGGGGGGUCUUUUUGGACCAAUAGAGCAGGAGAUCCCUAUGGUUCAAUUGGUAGAUACGAUCGAUGAGAUAGUUGUCGAUUCAGUAUCAGAGUUAGAGGUGCGUUAG